GGAGUAGGCUUCAAGCCCUGUCAGCUCUGUACUGGGGCAUUGAAAACCAAGGCAAUCGGUGAUGGGGACUGCACUUGAGCAUGGGAGUUGGAAGUUCCUCUGGAGAAGGAACCCGCUGGAUGCAGCAAGUCAGGAGGAGGACCAAGCCUCGGGGAACUUCUGAGCGGCCGGGAGGCAAAGGAAGAAGGCGGGCAGGAAGGACCGGUCCAGGCAGCGGGUCCCUGCCGGCUUCCCCAGACGGCAUCCUCCCCUCCUCCUCCUCCUCCUCCUGCGUCCCGCUCGGGCUAGUCGGCUGCUCCUCGACGGGGAAACGGGCGACGAGCAUGAAACUGCUGCUGGCGCUGGCUGUGUUGAUCUUCGUUUCAGCGCAAGCCUUUGCGGAAGAGCUGGGAGACCACGAUGAGCUGAGUUAUUGGUCCGACUGGUCCGACGGCGACCAGAACAAGGAGGAGCUACCUUUACCCUUUGAACACUUUCUCCAGAGAAUUGCCAGGCGACCCAGACCUCAGCAGUUCUAUGGCUUAAUGGGCAAACGAGAUGCUGGAUAUGGCCCACUCUCCCAUAAAAGACAUAAAACAGACUCAUUUGUUGGACUCAUGGGCAAAAGAUCUUUAAAUUCUGGAUCUUCUGAAUGGAACACAGCACAGAUGUACGAAAGAAGACGUAAAUGAGCCAGCCCUGCCCAUUAUUUAUUGAUCUCCGUUUGUUGAAAUGGCCAAGCUCGUGUAAUAUAAAAUAGCCAUUGUAAGGAAUAAUUAUUUAUUUAAUACUGUUCAGGGUUUUUUCCUUUCUUUUAAUUUUUUUCUUUUUGAGUUGUAAAUUCAACAAAAAUGUUUGUUUUUUUAAAUUGUGGCCUCGAUAUAUGCGGUAUACAGGUAGGUGGUGGAUUCAACUAUGACAACUCCAUAUGGAAGAUAGAAAUCAAUGGUGUUUCACAACAAAGCACAUUAUUUGGUAUGGUCUGUGAAAGAGAUGUUCACCAAAAAUUAAAAAAAUUAAAAGUGGUAAAGAAAUAACAAAUCUUAUGUUAAUUUAAAGCAAUCAUAUUGGCUUCACUACCAACGCCAACUUGAUCUGGUGUCUAGUGCCUCAAUUUGUGUUCAUAGCAAAAAAAAAAAAAAGUACUGUAAUUUCUGUAGCCAAAAUAUAUUUGUAUCAUUGCAGCAUGGAUUUGUUUUUGUUUUUGUGCCUACAUAUAUAUUUUAAAAAGAAAGACUUAAAUGUGAACCUAGAAGUCUUCAUUUUGUUGUCUGGCAUUUCCCAACAGUUAACACUUUAAAUAAAAAUGAAAUCUGCUCUGGGGAUUUUGCAACAUA